CUAGACUUUAUUUCAGACAACCCUUUCUACACUCGAUAUAGUCGAUUUAGCAGUAGAGAACAUGGAUGUUGUGCUCAGUUCGUGCGAUAUCUUUCAAUGACCAAACAAGUCUGUAUUUAAAAACAUAUCCGUCUGAAGAUUUCAAGCGCAUUACAAUCUGAAAAAAAUGGAGCGUUCAUCAGCACAUAAGUAUCUGAAACGAAAAUGCAUGACCCAUAUUUUUAUUUUGUCUCUGUUUUUGCCACGUGGAGGACAUGCAAAAGGUGAAGAAUCCAGCUGUGAAGUGACAGGUAAUGGAACCUGCGUUCAAAGAAUGACGGGUGAGAUUAAGGGGGAAUUCUUCAAGGAGAAGAGACCCUUUACAGUUUACUACAAGCCCCCAAACGCAGAUCAAGAAGUUGCUGCAUUGUUCAGCUUUGUGUUAUCUUAUCACUGUCAAGCAACAAGAGAAUAUGUAUGUGAUCACGAGAUUAUUAACAACACGUUUUCGGUCAGCAUAAAACCUGGUGUAAGCUGUAAAGAAGGAAACUUUACUUUUUUCAUCGAAGGAGGGCAACCCGUCGUUUGUCAGAAAAACAAAACGUCCAAUAUUGUGACUGUUAGUGUCAUGGCUGUUAUAAGUGGAUGUGCUGCACUAGCUGCUUCUUUUAUAAUAAUAAUUCAUCGUCAUGAAUCAAAGGAAUUUGUCAAGAAUCACUUUGGAGACUAUAUUCCCUUGAUUAAAAAGACAAAAAGAAAAGAACAUAAUAUCUCAAUAUCAUCAAAAUACAAAGCUGCUACGGCCGAACAUGCCGAAAUCUGAACUGGAAGCGCGGUUUUGCACGAAGCCUGCGAUUGAAUUCUAAAUCCUGCAGGGCAAAAAUAUACCAAGUAACCUCUGAAUUUGAGCAUUUUGAUUGAUGUGAUUGGUGUCAUUUACCACAUUCUGUUGCUAUUUGGCAGAGAUGUGCGUGUAACUUCAAAUGAAAACUAUUUCUGAGCUACAGCAUAUUUCUCGUAAUCAAACGCCACCAAACAAACUUUAUGAACUUACCUUUGACAAAGGUGCCACAAAUCGUUUUUUUUUUUUUAUAUCAGUGAUUUUCUCUUCAUUGCUCUACUUGUAUUCUGUUGGCUUGUUGCAGGUUCAGCUUAUUUUAUCAGAUAAAUUAUAAAAGUUUUUUAUAAUAUCUUUUCCUGAAAGCUGAAUGUAUAGUUUAAAAUUAACACUGAAAGUUACAACAGCGCUUGUACACGAUUUCUUAAGGUCUAGUGCUAUUUCAAUAGAAAGAUUUUCAACAACUUGACAUCUCGAGAGAAAACUAUCAGAGAUUUUGCAACACAGCACCAAGGUUAAUACUAACGAUCCACGUUGGUUUUAUUAUUAUUUUUGUUGUUAUAAUUAUUUUUCAUUAUUUUGUUUAGAAAUUUACAAAAAUAAUUUACAGUUCAGUGAUCAACUUCUAUAAUUAUUUAAUAAACACUCAGUUUCCAAACAUUGCAGAAUAGAAAUUCGAUGAAAGAAUGACAAUAAAAGAAAGAUGGAAUGCAAAAUGUCUUUCUAAGUUUGAAUGGACGGCAUAAACAAAAAACAUAAAUGUGAUUAAUAUACUUUGAUGUUUUGUCUAUACUUAUGUUUGUCAGAGAAUAGAAAAUCAAGCAAGCAAACCAUCUUUGUAUGUAUCGGUUGUUUUGUCCAAAUAUACUUUCACUCAGUUUAAUUAUCACAGGCGUGCAUGUGCAUAUGAUGAAUAGAAGGCAGCAAAUAUGUUAUUAAACUUCGUGAGAACUAUGCUUUUUUUUAAAUAUCAAUAUAUUGUUCAUAUAUAAAAUAUUUUCAGUAAGCGUCAUCUCCCUUUAUGCCCCUUCUGCCCAUAUACACACGAGAAUGCAAAAAGCAAGUAAAUAAAGUCACUUUAAAAUUCUCAACAGAAAAGACAAUGUUGCAGUUGCUGCUGGUGCCGAAGAAGAAGAUGAUGACAAUUACUACGAUAAUCGAUGAUCUAUUACCAUGUUACUGUUUUCUAGUGACUGCUCACGAACAGUCUUUUUGCCAUCUAGUCUCUGUUGGUUUUCUUGUGAGAAGAAAAACUCUUUGUACUACUUCAUUCAGUGUCGGUUGGUAAACACAUGCCAAUGAGUGUGAAUAGUAACCUAUGUGUGAGCAACUAGUGUAGUAGGUAUGUUGGACACAGUCGUUGCGAUCUGUCAUCUAUUUUCCAGAGUCUCUAAUUACUUGUCCCUUCCACCCAGCAUUCUAGUCUUCUAUCAGUCAGGUUUUGUUUGGUUUUUGAUUUUUUCUUUUUUUUCUUUUUUUUUUUUUUUUUUGUCUUUUAAAUACCCACUGACUAAAGGUACAGUAAAAAGUAGACCCUUAAAAGUAAACUGCAUGGCUCACUAAGUAGGCUCACACACUGCCGCAUAAUGAAAGCAUGACAAGCAUUUCCUUAUGAAGCAUCACCAUCGUUCAUUAAAUACAAACAGAUUUGUAUGUGCGUCCAGUAAGAAAAACUUUACUAAAACUAAAACGUGUGCUAAAUUCGUAUACAAAGAGGUCGGCUGUUGGAAUAUCCAUGAAAUGACUACAUUUGAAAGUUAAACAUUUAAGCAUUACUUGAAAUCAGGGAAGAAUCUGUAUGUUUCCUAAAAGCGUUUCGUUUAAAGUAUACACAUUCUUCUCGAUCCAAUUUUAUCUGGGGUGGCUUCUUAGAGAGCUUCUUAUCAGGCUAAAUUUUGACAUUAACCAUCAAUAUUUUAAUGCUCAGUGAAUAACAAAUAUUACCACAAUCUUAUGUAAUAAAGAAGAAAUAUAGUGUGGGCAAAUCCUGAUGCUGACUUCUCUACUCCCGCCAAAAGUCGACCUGUGUGGCUGUCAACUCAUAGAAUGAAACCUGGACCCUGGCCUGAAAAGCCGGCACGAUGGAAGGCUGCACUAUCUUGUUUCUGUGCCACUCACAGCGAUACAAACUAGAUGAAAAGGGAUUCUGCCAUGAAGUUGGAUCCCUUACCAGAUCAUCAAAGACUCCCUACCAUAUCUGUCCUGCUCCCUAAUGCAAUGACAUCGACACUUCAUUCUCCUGUGAGUAACUGUCGUUACACAAAGUAGUUUCGAAUACUAAUACACUUGUGAUCCAGAGAGAAGGCUUAAUUUAUCUUAACAAUUAUCUCUGCAUGUCCAUCUAGUCCUUUUUAUGUCCGUAUACACUUGGUAGAGUCAAUGUCCAAUGUAAGACUUGUGGUGUGCAGGACCGUCUAUCAAGUAUUUCAAUUUGGUUAUAAGGAAGUAGAUAGCAGCUUGUGUCCGGUUAAGAUAACACGUUUCAUCUCUUAUAGGUCAUUGUCCAGCCAUCUGUACCACUCCAACAUGUCUCCAUUUCAUAUGACAUUCUUUUUUAUCCCAUUUCAAGCGAUCGUUUGCUUACACGACGAAAAAUGUGCAAAACUUACUCUUAACGACCUUGAGGAAGGCAUUUUGUCGAUUUUCGAAAACACCUUUGCCAAUGUGACGUUCGAGUUAGAUGCCUCAGCCUGCAAGGACCAGAAUAUGUUGUUUACAAUAACAACACAAACAAGAACGAUAGAUGGUAGCAUAGAGUACGAUGGAUCCAUUACAUCUAUCUUUAAAGGUGCAUGCAUCGCCACACACGGGACUUCAGUUCGCUGCGUUACUCCAACAGGACCAGGAGAACUUUACAGAGUAGUGAACAGGUCUCACGUGCAGAUUGAAUGGCAAUGGAAGUGGAUAGACAAGGUUUCCGGUAACUUUCUAUUAGCGCAAAAAGAGCUGAAACUGAACAUUUUGUACCCUCCGUCUGUCUCAAGUCUGACAGUCAAUGGACAUGAAGUUAAUGGAAGUCAUCUCAUUAACGAGGGUCAGGUCAACAUUUCUUGCUCAUUUGACACAGGGAACCCACACUCCAAUUUUCUUCUGGUGGAUAAAAACGGGAAGGAAAUGAACUCUUCGAGAUUGGAAGAAUAUCUUAACUAUUCACUGUCAGUCCAUUGUAAAGACGACUGGCCGACAUUACAAUGCCAAGGUGUUGGCUCGAAAGAGAACAGAUCUGUGUCCUUUCUUGUAAAAUGUCGUCCUCAGUUUGUGGACAAACAUCCGAAAGUGAUCAACGAUGAAAAAUGGGUUUUUAACAUCAGGGCUCAUACAACAGAGAUCAAGAGUUGUUUCUUGACCUCGUCGCCGUUAGACGUGAACUUUGUCAGGGAAGUAAACUGCACCCUGACUGGUGACCCACCUGAUCUGUUGUUGACCGUUGAACUUGAGAAGGAAGACGAUAAGAAGGAAGGAAGCUGGACGCUAAAUCUUGGGAACGAAAUGGGCCUUUCAAACACAUUGGUCUAUAGCACACCCUCUCACGGGUAGUGUGAGCCUCCAUGUCUCAUUGUUCCUGUGAUAACAGUACCUUUUCUCUGCAUCAUGUUUCUCACAUUACACUUGGCUCCAAAGUUUGUCAACAGCAGACAUUGGUACCGCCAGAUCCAACACCAGAAGGAGGAUGCAGGUUAACCCCUGCUACCUCUACUGUGAAGAUACUGCAACUGCCGAGUCUUUGACUGCAAAAAUGUAACAUUUGAAUCUUUAGGGUCGCUUCCAGGCACUUCUGUGCUUCUUUUACAACCUGCUUAGUAUACUUCAUAACAGAAACCAUAUGUAACAUACAAGAAAUGUGAUGUUUGAAAUCUUCAGUGCUAUAUGAAAAUUUACAGAAUAAAGUCACGAAGAAUUUUGUCUUCAUUACAUGGUCUCUGCCUGACAUUGUUGUAAAGUUAAAAAAUAUCAGCGUCUUUCCUUAUAUUUGGUAAAGAAGGAUUACCUUUCCUACCUCGAAACUCCGGUACCAGCAGCUUUCUUUCCACAUCAUUGUAAUUAAUCGCAUAAAUAAAGCUGCUCAUUAAGCGACACUAAAUACCAAACGGGAUCUUCUUUUUAGUAUUAAACUUUGGCGGUUGCGAUCACCGAAAAUUCCUUUUCGUGUUUCUCGGUCGUGUCACAUUCUCCAAGCCAAAGAACGAUGAAUAAAUAUUCAUGCAAUGGACGCACAGCCUGUGAUUCUCCAGAAACUUUCAAGUUGUUGGAAGGUCUGCGAUAUUUGCGUCGAAAUGUUCGAGCAUGAAUUAAGGUGUUCAAGUUCCGAGGUACCACACUUUUUUUGGUCAUAAAUGGAGUAAUGUUGUGGUUUUUAGAAUCAUUUUAUACGAGUAUAUUGACAAGUUAUGUGACGUAAACUGUUUUGGUAAAAAAGGACUCGAUCGAAGUUUUAAGCCUGGCACAAAGAAUAUAGAAUGAAUAUCAUAUUUUCUGGAUGACAUUUGAUAUAACUUAGACGAAGUUAAGUCUAUCUGUAUGAGUUCUUGCGUGUUAGGAUGUGUUUGUUUAUACUUGCAGACCAACCAACGGUCAAAACUCUCACCGUUGACAGACAUGGGAUGAUACUCACCUCAUAAACGAAGGACAGAGGGGUCAGACUUUCCUGCUCAUUUGAGAAAGGACGCUCUCUUGCAAUUUUCUGCUGCUCAAGAAAAAGUUUGCCUUUUUUUUGUUCUGCUUUUAUUGCUGCAGGUCUUCUUCAAUUCGUCAAGUAAUCUGUGAAAAUCCUCACCUCUUCAGUUGACAAAGAUGUAGAAUUUCACGUUAACGCUUACACAACAACUGUCACUGUAUGAUGUUUGACAUCAUCUUCGUCAUACAAUAACACUCAAAGAUAAGUCAACUGCUCUUUAAGUGGUAACCCUCUUGAUCUUGUCUUAUUCGUUUGGCUUGACAAUAAAGACAGCAGCAUUUAAGGAUAAUUUCAACUCUUCACUGUGAAAGAGAUUCUGCGAACAGAUCAUUAAGCCUUAGUAAAUAUUCAAGUAAGUACAGUAGAUGAGAUUUUAUAUAGCAAAUACCCAUCUUUGGUGCCAUAAUGUAUACAAAAUAUAAGCAAAAUGUAAGUAGUAGAUUAGGUAUGAGAAAAAUAGGCAAUGAAAGUCAAUGUAUACAAACCCUAAACAUGUCUUUGCAAUACAUAUUGCCAUAAUAGUUUUCAAAGAUAACUGAGCAAUAAUCAUAAUUAGAGUGACAAAUAUAGAAAAUAGAAGCAAGUUUUCUUGUGUAUUCUAACCUGCAGCUGUAAUAUCAAAAUUAUUAUGUUUGAAGGCUUGAAAUGUACAUGUAAUCCUAAACAAACAGUAGGGUGUGUGCGCACACACACACACACAUAACAUUCAGGAUCCCAUAAUUUAAGUAAUUUCAGAACACUCAUACAAUUUUUUACUGUUUAAUUACCUUCCAUAACUUUGGAAAAUGUCUGCAAUUGAGAGAGGAAUGACAGACUGUUAAUAUAAAUGUCAAGGUCGACAGUCUUAGCCUGGAGUGUAAAGUUCGUGCUUUUAUUUUCAAAUUCAGGUCUGACUUGGUUCAAAUUAGUUUAAAUUAGGUUAAUUAGGUAAAUUUAAAGCACACUCACCCCAUAGAAUCAAAUGAUUAGAUUCCUAAAAUUUUCAGCAUCACUAAAUUAUUAAGAACACCCACUUUUGAAAAGCUUAGUAUAGUGAGUAUACUUGACUGGAGAAGUGCAAGAGUUUGCAAAAAUGUUAUUUAAUUAAUACUCCCUAUCUCUAGAAACAAGCACCAUAAUUUUGUGAUGACUUACAUACAGCUUCACCCAAUCAUUAAUAAUAAUCUAAACUUAUAAUGUGCAGCAUCAUGACCAAGAUACAGCAAGGUACAUAUAGGCACAAUCAAAAGAAUAAAGGUAAAGCAAGCAAUGGAUCAAGGUAUUAUGGGAUAUAGGUACUGUAAACAUUGUGAGAUGGAGUCAUUACAUGAUGGUUAGCACGACAGACAGUAUUGCAGAUGACUGAAGAAUAUAUUAACUAUGGUAAUUCAGAUGUAGUACUUUGUAAGCAGAUAUAUGUUUCAGAGAGUGUUUGAAUUUAGCUUUAGAGUCCAAGAGGUAGCGGCACAAAAGGAGAAGGUCUAUUGUCCGUAUGUGAGUGUCUUUGUGGGAAAGAAGGAUAAAAUGUGGGAGUCUGGUGAGGAGCAAAGGUUUUAGGCAGGGGUUUGGACAGACAAGAUUUCAGUAGUGGGGAGAAUAGCCUUCAAUGAAUCCAUUGCAUUAAGAAAAAAGUGCACCGCACUUUGAUAGACCUUUAAAAAUAAUGUAUUUCUUAUUUUAAUGGUUAAUAAUGCUGUCCCUAAUACUUUAAACGUAAUAGUAUAAAUGUCUACAAAGAGCAGUCCUCCAUAAAUGGUAUUCACAGUCCAUCUUUGUUCAAAACAGAAAUAGACAAUAAUGAUUUAUUGACAAUUCUGACAGUAACAGGUUGCUAAUAACAGUGGCAUAGAAACCAGAGGGACAAGACGGAGCAGCACCCCCUGAGAGGAAGCUAGAAUGUUCCUACACUACUAAAUAUUAUUAGUUAUGCCAAGUAAAGUUUUACUAAGUAACCUUAAUUAGCCCAGAAUUGUAAGUCAUAAUUGUCAAUUUCUGCAAUUCCCAUUAGUAUAUAUAUACCUUAAUCACCUUUCUGGGCCUCUACUACAAAGCUACUCUAUUAGAAACCCAGCUGAUGACUUAGAUGCAAACAUUCCCGUGCACACCAUGUGCAAACAUAUAUUCAGUCCGCACAUUGUAUAGAAACAGAUUUAUAAGUAUAUAAAGGAUCAUUACCAAUACUUCCUUAAUGUAAAUCACAAAAUAUAUAUUUUAUUUGAAAAGAAAUUGCUUCUUGAAAUAUUUUUAUGGACUAAGUGGAAGCAAAUUAAGUUAUUUUCUGAUUGUCUCCCUUCAACCACAGGGUUUGUAGACUUGCCUACAAUUUCAUUUGCAGACAUUCCACUUCCACAAAAACGGGAAGCUUGCACCAUGUUUUGUAUACAGCUAACUUAAAAAAAAUCGUAAGUGCCAUAAUAAUCUUCAUGCAGAAAAUAUUAUUUAAAACUAUUCUUUUUGAUCUGCUUUCAGGUAACAUUUUAUUUCAACAUAAUGUGUUACUCUUUUUCUUUUCUAACUUAUGUGUGACACUAUAAUUAUUGUUGCUCAAUAAUCAUGCAUAUUCACAAAAAUGCUUGUUUAACUGUUUUAACUGUUUUAAACAACGCAUGCAUAGACAUGUGAACAAUGGCUAUGGAGAACUGAAAACUGUGUGCAUUGAUACACAAUUGUCUCACUAAAAAUGUUAGCCUAUUAAGACAUCACAUAUCACAUAUUAGUACUCACAUAAUUAAAGGGUACCUAUGAAGCUAGGUAAAUAUCAAAUGAUUAAUCAAAUGAUUAAUGAGUUUAUCUUACGUUAAAUUAUUCAUUUUACAUUUUUUCCUAUUACAUGCCAUACAAUAUUAUCUCACGUUGAGACUUAUUGUCUCCCUUUACCUGCACACCAUGUAAACUUUACUGCUUUAUGUGUUGGUAGAGUCUAGAGCAGACCUGGGCAAAGCCCGGCCCGCGGGCCGGAUCCGGCCCGCCUCCUGUCUCUGACCUGCCCGC